AUGGCAGCAGAAGCCGCUUUCGACACCCUUUUGCUGGGCUUCUGUGUGGCCGAGAGAAGGGGCCGCCUUCUCAAACGGCCCCCGACCCGAGGCCGAGGAAGCGAGGCUGCUGUCAGAAGCCCGCCCGCGCCCUCAGAACUAGAGUGUUUGUUCUGCUGUGGGUCCCAUAUCACGGUGGCAGCAGGAGCCGCUUUCAACGCCCUUGUGCGGGGCUUCCUUGACGCCGAGGUCGCUGGGGGUGCUGAGGGCACCCACAAGUCCCUGCAGUGGAGGCCCAAGCCAGCAGGGUGUGUGCACUUUCAUCCGCGUCUGAGAGAAGGCUUUGGGCUUCAUGGGAAUGCUGAGCUGACAGGGCCCCCUGCCUUCAACUCGUUCGAGGAGCUGAGGGGCCUCCCGGCUCAGGGCGCCCCCAGGGAAGUCUGCAUGAAGGCCAGCGUCAACGUCCUGUCCUCUGUGCGAGCCAGAUGCCUGCAUGCGAAAGUCAGCUCGGCUUCACGCUUAUUGUUGGAGGACUGCACUGUCUCGCUCGGCUUCCAGGCCCCUGCGUGGUACGACUAUGUCUCCCUGAAGCCCGCUGUCGCCCAGCAGAACAGGUGGUUGCCAGUGAUGCGUCCCCCAGCCCUCCUGCUGCUGCUGUCGGGGGCCCUAGCUGUGACCGAGACCAGGACGGGCUCCCACUCCCUGAGGUAUUUGUUCACUGUGGUGUCCUGGCCUGGCCGCGGGGAGCCCCGGUAUUUGGAACGCAGCUACGUGGACGACACGCAGUUUGCGCAGUUCGACAGCGACUCUGCCAGUCUGAAGAUGGAAAAGCGGGCGCCCUGGGUGGAGCAGGAGGGGCUGGAGUAUUGGGACCAGCAGACACGGGACUCCAGGACGUGCACACAGACACUCUGAGGGAGGCUGCGAGAAGUGGGCGGCUACUACAACCAGAGCGAGGCCGGGUUUCACUCCUUCCAGAGAGUGAUAGGCUGCGACGUGGGGCCUGAUCGGCGCUUUCUGCCCAGGUACCUUCGUGAUGCCUAUGAUGGCGUGGAUCACAUCGCCCUGAAUAAGGACCUGUGCUCCUGGACCGAGGCAGACUCCACCGCGCUGAUCACCCGUCAGAAGUGGGAGGCCACUGGUGUGGCAGAGCGGUACAGGAACUACAUGGAGGGCAGACACAUGGAGUGGCUCCACAGGCACCUGGAGAAGGGGAAGGAGAUGAUGCUGCGCACAGAAUCCCCCAACACACAUGUGACCCGCCACCCCAUCUCUGACCAUGAUGUCACCCUGAGGUGUUGGGCCCUGGGCUUCUACCCUGUGGAGAUCACUCUGACCUGGCAGCAUGAUGAGGAGGACCUGACCCAGGACACAGAGCUUGUGGAGACCAGGCCUGCAGGGGAUGGAACCUUCCAGAAGUGGGCGGCUGUAGUGGAGCCUUCUGGAGAGGAGCAGAGAUACAUGUGCCAUGUGCAGCACAAGGGGAUGCCCCAGCCCAUCACCUUGAGAUGGGGUCUGGGUCCCUCACCUUCCCUGAGCCUACCCAUACCCAUCAUGGGCACCAUUGCUGCCCUGGUUCUUGUGGUCACUGGAGCUGUGGUGGUGGGAACUACGAUGUAGAGGAAGAAGCACUCAGGUAGGGAAGGGAGUGGGAGGGGAAUUUGAGUUUUCUUGUCCCACUGAGAGGUUUCAAGCCCCAGGUAGAAAUUGGUCCUGCCUUAUUAAUGAGAGGUACCAUC